UAUUAUUAUUAAACAUUUUAAUCUAAUUCCCCUUACACACUCAUAUUUUAUUAUUAUUAUUAUUACUAUUGUUAUCUCUCAUACGUUUUUUAGUUAGCUUGAUACUGUAUUAUUUUCUUUUUGUUAUUAUCUCAUAUAUAUUAAAAAAAUAUAUACCUCAUAUAUUAGUCGUUUUAUAAUAUAAUCAAUUAAUCCAUUGUAGUGUGGUGAUUUUUUUUUUUGCGGUCAAGCCCAAUUUGGAAAUGUAUGGAGAGAAAGUUUAAGGAGGAGGAGGAGGAGAAUGUGGACAAUUUGAAAAAUGAUGUAUAACACCAUUUCACUUCUUUAACAUCAUAUGCUAGCAUAUUCACAAUAUUGAAUUUUAGACAUCAUGAGUGGGAAUAAGAAUUCAGGAGGUAAUCAAUAUAAGAAAGAUAAUACCAUUCAUUUUGAUUCUUCAUCUUCUUCAUCUCAUUAUAGUGGUACCAGUGUGGUUAAUUCUCGAUCUAAAUCAAAUCCAAAUUUAUCAUCAGGGAUCAAUACCAAUUCAAGUUUCAAGAGAAGUAAUAACUCGAAUAAUGGUGGUGGUGGAGGAGUUGGAUCUAGUGGUGGAUUAGGGAGGAAUAAUUCUAAUUAUGGCAAUGUUCGAACUUCAUCAAGUGGAUCGAAUAGUGGUAAUUCAUCAAGUGGAGGGAAUAAUAAUGGUGGAGGAUACUACAAUAAGAAUAAUAAUUCAGUCUCAUUCAACACUAACAAGAAGAAUAACAACAACAAUAACAAUAAUAAUGUUUCUCCAAUGGUUAAAAAAGUGAUUACUAAAUCAAUUGCCAUUCAAACUGAAGAUGAAAAAGUUGAAGAUAUUAGCAUUGAAGAAAGUGUUAGUGAUGAUAAUGAUGAUAGUUUAGAUACUUCAAUCACUACUUAUUCGAAUUUACCUGAUUUAGAUGAAUUCAUUAAUCAAGUGAUUAAUAAUGAUCAUAUUAAAUAUACUAAUUUACAACUGAGUAUUAAUCAAGAUUUACAAUACUUAUCUACAUUUAAGUUUGACUUAGAGUAGGGA